AUACGCGUUGACAUCAACUUUGUCCAGCUGCGUUUCUCUCGAUAUCUGAGCAAAGCAAUUUUCAGUGCAAUUUUUCCAUUUUUGGAGAGUUUCGCAACGCCGUGACCUGACCCUCGAGUACCUUUUCUGUGAUCGUGGCUGAAGCAUGCAGUGAUCAUGUGAAUUUUGCCAUCCAACUGCUGUGUGAUUGAACGCGAAUCGAUGCGGUGCGGCGUUUCUACGGUCUUUUGCUGAUACCGAAACGAAUCGCGCGUGAGGAAAAUGAGUACCCGGCCCAGCCCAGCUCCUUUCAAACGAUCGAUCGAUGGUCUGUUCAACGUGUGGCUUAAUCUGCGAAAUCAAGGGCACGAAAAACCGCUUCGAAAUGCACUCUAUAAUGUGCUGGUCGUCGGCGUGAUUGCCGUGGUAAUCGGCGUUAUACUAGUGCUGGCCCCGUUCUUCAAACCGCUGCUUUGGGCGUUCCUGUUCGGGGCGGUGUUAUUUCCAGCGAAAAAACGGCUCUCCGAAGCGCUCAAAGGAUGGAUCGAACGGAUCGAAAAGGACGACAAGUACCUGUUGCUCGGUGUGCUAAGCGCACCGGCCUGCUGGGUCGAUUCGCUGGGCGAAUUUCUGACCGGCUGGUUGCGGGAUCAUCUCAAAAUCAUAGGCAUCGGUUUCGGUGGACUUGUGCUGUUGCGCUUCAUCCUCUGGCUUACACCGUCCGAGGUGUUCUUCUCGAUAUGGAACUUUGUCGUUUGGAAUCACUCCCUGUUCCGGUCAUUGCUAAGCUCACUGUCCCUGCACAUGGUGGUGGUCAUACUGCUCCUGUACGUAAUCAGCGUAUACUUCCUGUGGACGCCCGAUUACUCCACACCAUUCCUGGUGAUCGGCCAGUUCCUGUGGAUGGUGAUUGUAGGGUACGGUAGCAGCUUUCUCGGUGCACUUCAAGUGCCCGUCUUCUUGGCCCUGCUCACAUACGGUGCCAUCGGUCUGGUGUACAAUAUGCAGAAGGACGAUCGCAACGUCCGGUUUAUCGAUAAAUGGCACAGUCUUCUCGAUGUUACCAGUUACCGGUUGGAUUCUUCCAUCGCAAUCAAUGCACCGGCUACAAACAGUGGCGAUACAUCUAGAAUCGAGGAAAUCAAAUCCAAGCUGCAGCUCGAUGUAACGGCAACGCCUCAGCUUUCCAGUACGAUGAACGAGACGCCGAUAACUGGCACCACGUACCAAGCAAGCAUCCUCAACAAAGUGGAAGUACUCGAAAGUGAUGUGUAUUUCCGGUUGCUGUUUUACGCCUGCGGUGCUACGCUCGUUUGGACCCAUACUUGGUUGCUCUUCUUGGGAGCCAUUCCGAUGUGCCUCCACAUCGUCCGUCGAUUGGCCGAAUUCCUCGGUAUCUUCGCGUACGUCUCGCAGCAGGCACAACAUUACUUGACGCAGCUCAAGCUGUGGCUAUUUCCACGGCAUUCCGCAUUACUUCCACUCUGUCUGCCGGGAAUUCUGCGGCUAAAUGCUAACAUUCAUCGUUAUGCUUGCGCUAAACUGCGCUCAUACAUCGAUGACAUCAGCUCGAUAGUGAUGAUCGGAUUCCUGAUCGUGCUCGUCAUGCUGAUUAGCGUGUUUGCCUUUACUCAGAUCUACUCGGAGGCAAUCGCGGUUGCACAGCUCGGGUCUAAUCUUGUCAACCGCACGCUUAUACAUCGACCGGAACUCAUUGAAAUGUUACCGAUUGAUAUGCAAUCGAUGGAUAACAUUAUCGACAACGCGUACAAGUAUGGACGAUCGCACAUCGAACAGUAUGUCGACGGUAUAUUUAACGAUACGGAUCCGACCCAAGCGAUCAAACUUAAAACACAAAUACUCAGCGUUUGGGAUCGUCUGAUACAGAGCUGGAUGGAUCGAAACAAUGGUGAAGGAAUGGUAGGGCCCCGAGUGCCAGCCCAAGCCAUUCGCAUGACGAUCGAUGAGAUUUUUAUCAAUCCAAUUACUAAAGCUGGGCUCAUUGGGUUCAUCAAGAGCAACUUUGGGAUGCUAUGGGAAGUAGCAGAUUCCUUGUGGAUGCUGCUACGAACCAACCUUACACUUUUGCUGUCUGCCGUCGGAACGCUCGUAUCAGCCAUCCUUGGUGGUGGACAUGCGGUUCUUAAGUUUUUAUUUCACACGAUCAUUUUCUUUACGACAUUAUAUUAUUUACUGCAAAGCAGUCAAGAUCGCUAUUCGCCGACAGCAAUCACCAUCAACAACUCCUGGGGACCACGUAUAAUUCAGGCCCUGGAAGAUUCCAUCUCUAGUGUGGUAGUAGCCACGCUGAAAUUAGCCCUUUUCCACGGCCUUUUCACGUGGUUAACACACACCGUCUUUGGAGCACACAUCGUUUAUUUGCCGGCGGUACUGGCCUCCAUUUUAGCAGCUGCACCCUUCCUCGAGACGUACUGGUGCAGUGUGCCGGCGUUUCUGGAUUUGUGGCUGUCGCAGGACCGUUUCUGGCUCGGGGUCAUAUUGGUGUUGAUUCAUUUCAUUGUUCCGUCCAACUUCAACCCCAUCAUUCACUCCGAGAUCAAGGGUGGAGGACACCCGUACCUGACCGGUCUAUCGAUUGCUGGCGGAAUGUACUUAUUUGGCCUAGAAGGCGCUCUGCUUGGACCAUUGCUACUCUGUUUGUUGGUAGUUCUGUUUGAAGUUACCAUAAGUGCUAUCCGCGAUAGUCCUACUACUCCACAGACAAGGUAA